UUUGAGAAACACAUUUCGAAACGCACAGAAAUUGCGAAAUAGGUAUGUCUUCUAUUGUAUUUUAAAUCGUAAAGCCGCGCACCUUUCACGGCCACGAAAGAUACACAAUUAUCGGAUUUAAAUCAAAAGUCUGGAGAAACCGGUUACGCAAUGAGCGUUCCAUGUGGGAGACGCUUCGUGAAUAAGAUCCAACGGUACUUUCACACGACGUUUAUUCAUUGCGUCAAAGUCGUUACAGAACGAACGCUCCAGUCGCUUCUAGUCGCUUUUAAGUUAAAUUUACUAUGUCAGAUGAAAAGAAACAUGAGAAAGAUCGGAAUGAAAAGAAAAUACGAUAUACUGUAAGAAGAAAAAUUAUGGAUCUAAAAAUGAAGACUCUUCUGAAGAUUGUUCUGUCUUCUGUAAUUGGUCCGUUGAUUCUCUACGGCAUGUUUUUCCUGUACUUGAAUCAUCAAACAUAUUUGAAACAUCUAUCUGAAGAACCGAUAAAGGAAGAUCGACCGAAGUUCUGGGUUUACGCAAAGAACAACGAUACCGGUUACUUGAAACACGUGUACGCGGUGCUUCAACGACUCGGUUUUCAGAAGAGCAACAACGAGUCCAACUGGGACUUGUUGUGGGCUCACGAUUAUCCAUUUCGCGUUUUGUUCGCGAGUUUAAAUAGACUCCAGGAGCACCAGCUUGUCAAUCAUUUUCCCGGUUGCGGCUAUAUCACGAACAAGGUGGAUCUCUCCACAUCACAUGGCCGGUAUAUACCGGCGGCCUUCAAAAUGCCCGACGACCGCCAGGCUUUUCUCGAUUAUAUCAAAUCAAAUCCGUCAAAGCAAUUCGUACAAAAGUCCAACGAUCAUCGAGGCAUUCGCAUUUGCGACAAUAGCAACGUAAAUUUUACUGCUGGCACGUUUAUUCAGGAAUUCAUCGAACAGCCGUUUCUCGUGGACGGUUACAAGUUUGACAUCGGUGUGUACACCGUCAUCACGUCCGUGGAUCCGUUGAGAGUUUACGUGUACAAGGCUGAUGUGCUCUUCCGUUUUUGUCCGAUCAAAUACUAUCCGUUUGAUCCGGAGAUACUGGACAAGUAUGUGGUCGGCGACGAUUAUCUGCCAAUCUGGAACGUGCCAUCCUUGAAAAGAUACUAUACCGAGCUCGGUUAUUCGAUGAAGGACUCGUUUGACGCUUACGUCAGAGAGCAAGGAAAGAAUCCGUCGGAGAUGUGGGAUCGAGUGUACGACGCCAUCCGGGAGGUUGCGUUGAUGAAGGAAGCACAGAUCAGAGAGGUUUCCAAACGCUUCGGCAAUGGCAGAAACUUCUUUGAACUUGUGAGAUUUGACUUAGCUCUUGACGAGGAUCUGAACGUCUACAUGAUGGAGGCGAACAUGUCACCGAACUUGUCUUCUGCGCAUUAUCCGCCAAAUCAGUUGCUUUACGAGCAGGUCAUAUUCAAUACGUUCGCGCUAGUCGGUAUUGGUAAAAGAAUCAAAACAGAAUCCUUGAGAACUAGAAAUAAAGCGGAGAAGGAAAUGCAAGUAGCGAAUAAGAAUAUCGUGGUAUUACCGGAGCUUUGCAAGGAAUGCGCAGACUGUUUUCGCGUGGAGUGCCAAUUGUGCAGACCGUGCUUCACGCCAGAAACAGAGCUCAUUUUGUCGCGGAGCUAUCUUGAGCAUCAAAACCAAAUGGAUUUUCAAAGAAUAUUCCCACCUCCGAUAACGAAGGAUAUGGUGCUGAAAGAUUACACACUGAGAAAUCAAUUACUCGUCAGGUGGUACCAGGGUAAGUGCGAAUUGGAUAAAACAUGGUGCAGAUAACGUUAUCAACACGAUAAAGCCA